UCCCUGGUGCUGUGAGGCAGCAGUGCUAACCACUGAGCCACUCUCCUGUCAUGGUGCUGCAGAAGAGGAUAUCCUUUGUUAACUCUCUUUGUUUGGACUAAAGUUUCUGUUUGAUGGCAUAGCUGCUCAGAAGCAAGUGCUCGGACAUGACCUUGACGAUGCAUUUGUAAUUUGCCUCCUUUUUGCUUAAACAGCUAUUAAAAGAAAGUCUGAUCAUCAGGAUUUGAUGUUUCUUGAGUAUCUUCAAACCUGAUCUUUUUCCAUAGUAUCCCAGUGGUUUGUCCAUCAACUUUUACUUAUUCCUAAAUUGAGAUUCUCACAACAUCAGAUUUAUAUUCUGACAAAUAACAUCCUUGCAAUUGUUGACCCAGGACAUGCCUCUCUUUCUCUUCAUGUAACCUCCUCAUUGCCAGAGAUUUGCUAAGUAUGCCCACAUAAUGGGACAAGGAGAACAGACAGGCACCAAAAGCUGAUGCAGUGAUUUUUAACCGGUGCCAAUAAAUUUAUUAGCAGAUGCUGUUACCCACUGAGCUAAACUAUCCCCUCUUCCGGGCACUUCUGACAUUAGCUACAUUGUCACUUGCAACAGAACUCACUGCAUCCUUUCAUCAAUUUUAUCAUUGAAACAUGUGUAUAGUAGUACCAUUUAGCCACUCAAGCCUGUUCUCUUAAGUCAUGGUUGAUUAGCGCUUUAGCUCCAUUUACCCAUAUCUAAUCAAUAUUCCUUGAUACAAUCGCAAACAGGAGUUUGUUGAUUCUUCGUCUUGAAAUUUCAGUUGUUCCAGUGUUCAGUCUUCUGAUGAAAAAUCACCCAGGUUUCUAAAACUUGUUGUGUGACAGUAUGAUUCGUAAUUUCAUUUCCAAGUGGCCCAUCUGUAAAUUUCAUAUUCUGAAUCCUUUUGUUCUAGAUUUCCUCACCAGAAGAAAAAGUUUCUCUUUACCCACCUUGUUGAAUCUUUUUGCCAUUUCAAAUAUUUUGAUCUGUUCAUAUUACAGUCCUCUACAUUCAAGGCAUUGCAAGUCAGUUCUGUGUAACUUAUCUUCAUAACAGCCCUCUGAUACCUGAUGUAAUUCUGGUGCACCAUGUUGCAACCCUUCCAAGGUCAGAAUAUCCUUCCUGACGUGAUAUUCCCAAAAACUGAAUGCAUACUUUAUCUAGGUCAAGGCUAUAGAAUGUCUUUUCUCUUGUAUUUUGAUCAUUUUUGCAGCUGUUCGCUAAACUUUGUAUACACGGACAGCGAGAUCCCUUUGCGCCCUAGAAUUCUUAUUUUCUAACGAUUUAGAAAAUACUUUGAUGUAUCUUCAAUUCUAAGCGGGUAACACUUUCCCACAUGGAGCGUUAUUUGCCAAUGUUGACAGCUCAACUAAUCUAAUGUUAUCCUUUUGGAACUUCGUGCUACCAUUUGCACGACUGACUGUGCCUUCCAAUGUAUUGUCAUCUAAACUGGAUGCGUAUUUUCUAUUGGCCAUGUCCAACUUCAUGUCCAGUUACUAAGAUAUUUUGCAUAUUUAUGCUUUUAAUUUUAGUGCAAAAAAACUACAUGGGGAUUAGUAGAAACAUCAAAUGCCGUGAAACGUGUCUUAGUCCAUGUUCUUUCCUGCAUAGUCCUGUAACUUUUCUUAAAAGCCAUCUUUUCUUAAAAGGUGACCAUGAUGGCAAACAGCUUUACAGGUGAUGCCCUCGUCCUGUAACCACUUCUUAAAUUGACAUGUUUGGGGCAAGAGUUCAGAAACCUUUAUGACCAACCCCAUGCCAUACUUAUGGGACUUGACAAAACACCUUCUGCUCCACGUUUGAUAUCAGCAGCUGUCUGAUUAAUGAAACCAUUUUCCUGAUGGAAGGAUAUACAAGGGCUUUGUCCUUCUGAUCUGUCUCAGAUGUUUGACUUCCUUACGUUGCAUAUAGUUGUUUUAAUGCCUUCCUUGGUAUGCUUUAUUUCAACUGCAGCCAAGCCUCUGAAUCUUUUCAGUUGUUUUUGAAGUCAAGCUCCAAAUGCUGAAUUCUUAUUCUGCUGAAGGUGUUGUUAGGCUUUACAAGCCUGCAUGUGCUUUCACACAAUAAAGCUGAGAAGAACAUGAUGUGCGUCGCUUGGCUGCUGAAGCUCUCGUGAAAAUGAAUGCAAAUUAUGGACUUUUGCGACUCACUCUUGGACCACGUUCAUCGUGUUAAAUGUAUGUGAUCGAUUAUAAAUCAGUGUUACAUCCUGCGCUGCAAAGAACGACAAAGCCAGCUCCACAUCUCGAUGGUGUACAUGUCGUCUUUGGCCAAGUCAUAACUGGAUUCGACACAAUAAAAGAAAUAGAAAACCUGAAGACAGAUGCUGCCAGCCGACCAUAUGCAGAUGUUCGAAUCAUUGACUGUGGGGAGUUUGUCCCUAAGUCUGCAAGUCAUGUGACUGAGCGCAGGAAAAAGGUCACUACUUCCUACUCUUCACAUGAAUCUGAGACCAGUUCAGAUUCUUCAACAUCUUCCAAGUCAUCAGACUCAGAGUCAGAAACCGAAGAAGAAAGGGAAAAGAGAAGGAAGAGGAAGAGGAAGAUGAGAAGCAAACAUUCAAAAAGACGGAAAGAAACCAGAAGCAAAAAGAGAAAAAUAUCUUCCCAUCAGAAGAGUCACAAUGGUAUAGAUGAAGAGGAUGAUAAAGACAGAGAAUCAAACCCAAAGCGACAGAAACUGUCGGUAAGGCCUGAAGAGAUUCCUCCAGUACCAGAGAACAGAUUUCUGCUCAGGCGGGAUUUACCAAAACCAGAUACUGAACCCAAAGUUCAGGAAGCACCCUCAACCCAUAAUGAUCAGAAACCAGUGGUGUCAAAAUCGGGCCGUAAAAUUAAAGGCAGAGGCACGAUGCGCUAUCGAACGCCUUCAAAAUCUAGAUCACACACAGAAUCAGAACUGGAUGAGGAAAGCAGUGAAACACCACCUCAUUGGAAGGAAGAAAUGCAGCGAGUUAGAACUUACCGUGCUGCCAGUUUGGAGAAAUGGACUAAAGGAGACAAGUUAAAAUCAGAGUCGCGUAAGUGGAGCGACAGAUCAGCUUCUCCGUGGUCACGGUCUUGGUCACAUGAUGGCUAUUACUCAGACGAUCGCAACAGGCGGAAAUCUAGCCACUAUAAGAGAACUAAAAAGGAGCGGAGGAAAAUCAAAGCAAAGAAAAAAUCGAAGAAGCAGAAGCAUUCGAGAAGACAUAAAGUGCACAAACAUAAAACAAAGGAGACCUCUAUACCUCUAGAAUCUUCACGUUCAUUAAGCUGUAAGACAAAGUCUUCUUUCGAACAUGAAAAGAAAUCUCCAUCAUCAGCCUCUUCGAGACAUUCAUCAGAGAGUGCAUGGUCUGAAUCUUCCACUCAUCAAUCAUCUUCAGCCAGUACAGUUUCUCGCUCCUAUUCAAGAUCAAAGUCUCGGUCUCGAUCCAAAGGAAGUUCCCGGUCCAGGUCUAGGACCAGGUCAAGGACCAGGUCAAGAUCCAGAUCUAGGUCCAGGACCAGGUCUAGGUCUAGAUCUAGGUCCAGGUGUAGGUCUAGAUCCAGGUCCAGAUCUAGGUGUAGCUCAAGCUCUAUAUCAUCAAGAAGUAGAUCCACAUCUAGAUCUAGUUCAAAAUCUAGACACGCCCAAAGGAGAAGUACCCAAAUGCACUUCGAAAAUCUCAGCCAAACAAAACUUGACACUUCAAGAGUAGCUGCCAAGGAAAAUGAGAAAAAUGUAACACUCACUGCCCCAGUCGAAGCUGUUCCUGCAGUUCCUUUAAGUGAGAGCCCUCCACCAUCAAGGUGGAGGCCUGGCCAGAAGCCUUGGAAGCCUUCCUAUGUUCGCAUCCAGGAAGCCCAGGCAAAACUAAGUGAAACAACACCUACAUUGAGCAGUAGAGAUUCAAAAUGUUCGAGGGAUGAUGACCUAUCUCCAUCUUUACGGAAACAACGCAGAAAUUCAGACUCUAGACGGCAUUAUAACUCUGACCGCGAGAGCGAUCGAAGUUCAACCUCAGACUAUCGGAAGAGUUCACGGAGCAGAGGAUUUAGUUCCCGGUCAAGGAGUCGGUCAUAUUCCAGGUCAAGGAGCCGGUCUAGUUCCAGGUCGCGGUCACCAACUAAAUCCCCUUAUCAUGAAUCCUCUUACUCCAAGUCGUCCAGUCAUUCAUAUGAGUCCAUAGAACUGUGUGUACCUAGCAGUGAUGAGAAAUUUGACAAAAUUCAAAAGAAAAAUCCUGUUUCUAAUAAACGUGGUAAAGAUCAGCAAGCAACCUCUACUGCCAACCAUGCAAACAAAGACCGUGAAACUGGAAAGAAAUAUGAAAAGGAGCACAAUGUAUCAUCUUCACACUGUUCCAGCGAGAGUGAGUCUCUUGAGUAUGAGAGGGGAAAGGAAAAAGUUGAAUCAAAGAAACAUAAUGUGUCAAGCUCUCAGGCAGAAUCGCUCAAAAAAAGCCACAGUAGCAAAAAGGGAGAGGGAAAAUGUGAACGCUCCAGCAAAAUUUCCAUCAAGGAACAUGCCACUGUAAAGUAUGGCUCAUCCAGUGAUAGGGUGCAACGACCAAAGAAGAAGUCUUCAAGAAACAAAUCCUCUGAAAGGAAGCCUGCCACAGGGUCUUACAACAAAGAUGGGGAACCUGUAAAAAAAGUUCCCAAAAAGCCAAGAUUGAAAUCCGAGACGGAGUCUGAAACCGAACAGAGUAAAAGCAGCAAACUGCAAUCUGGGACCACCUCAGAGGAGGGAGAGGUGGUACAGAAAUAUGAUGGCGGUGGGACUGAAGGGAAGCUGUCAAACAGAAGAGUGAAUUCAAGAUCUGAGGUGUGCAACGCCAAACCUUCUGGAUCGUCCAACUCCGAAGGGAGCAGCAGACAGCCGUCAGUCAGAAGGUCCUCUGUUGCCAGCAGUUCUUCAGGUUCAGCAAGGGAAAAUGAAAAGAGGCGAAAGAAGAAAGUGAAGCACAAACUUAAGAGUAAGAAAAAGUCAAAAUCAAAGAGUACUAAAUUCAAAAAGAAAAGUGAGAAGAAAAAGGUUAAAAAGGUUCCAAAAACGAAGGAGAAAUUCCACUGGCAGCCGCCUCUGGAGUUUGGGGAAGAGGAGGAAGAAGAGACAAAAACCGAUGGGCCUGGCAUAAAUGAUGUUAAAUCUAAAGUAAGGAACACGCUAUCCUGUGUGGGAAGGCAUGAUGCGGGUAACACAAUAACAAAUUGUGCUGCUUCGAUAAAAGGCAGCCAUCCAGUCAAAGAGAAUGCAGAACUGCGUGAAUCUCCAACAAGUGCCUCAGGAUUCAAACAGGAAGUGGAAUUGCCACCAAAACAGAGAAAAGGUGAUUCAACAAAGGCUGAAACCUCAGCAGCAAAACCAGGAGCAGCAGAAAAAGCCAACCCUCAGAGCAAAAGUGUGAAGAGCACUACCCCAGAUAAAUGCACUUCUGCGUCAGCAACACGGAAAAACAGUGAGAAAGAAGCGUCUGCUUCUGAAGCUGGAUGUUCCAAAGGAGCGAAGAGUGCAGGAAUCAAAUCAGAAAGUGACAACUCAGCAGAGAAAGCUGGACAGAAUAAAAAAGAGACAAAUGGCGCUGAGGUUGUCCAAGCAUCUGACAUCAAUGGAAGUACAAUGGAAAAUAGCGUGAGGACAGAAAAUGAGCCAACAGACAGUAACAAAUGGAAACCUUUAAAAGUAUUACCAAGUGUCCAAUCAGCCAGCCCCUUAGUUAAUCCAGAGGUUAAAGUAGAGGCUACUGAAUCCGAUGGCAAACCCCAAGGGCUAAAAAUAGAAAUUAAAAGCAAAAAUAAAGUCAAACCAGGCUCUCUUUUUGAUGAAGUUCGGCGGACAGCAAGGUUGAACCAAAGGCAGAGAAACCAAGAAACUUCGAGUGAAGAGGACUCUCCAUCCAGAGAUAGCAAUAGUAGGUCUCGAAGUAGCUCACGUGGCCAUUACAGAUCCAGUUCAAGAGACAGAACACAUUCUCGAACGAGAUCACGGUCAACCAGUCGAUCGAGGAGUCGAUCAAGAAGUUAUAGCUCUUCUUACAGGUCCCGCAGUUACAGCAGAAGUCGAAGUCGACGUAGGCACAGCAGAGGUCACUCAAGUCACAGCAGCUCUUAUAGAAGCUACAGAAGCCACAGUAGAACCUAUAGUCGAAGCCAUUCUAGAAGCUUGUCAUCUAGACGUCACCGGAGGUCUAGGUCUGAUUCGUACGAUAGCUACGACAGUAGGAGUAGAAGUCGGAGCCGUAGCUAUCACAAAUCCCGAAGGUCCAGAAGCUGGGACAGAAGCUACAGGUCAUACCGAUCAUACAGCAGGAGUGAUCGGAGUUACUCUCGCCAUCGGAGCCACAGCGAGAGCAGCAGGUACAGCUGACGGACACAGCGCUGCCCGGGUCUCCCUCAUUCUUGCAGAAUGCCUGCCUUCUUUCCCUGCACAGAUUCAGAACUAUUUAUUGGUGACUGAUGCAUUCGAGCCGUUACUUUAAGCAUUGGGGACAAAGACUGCAAUGAAGCAACUAUGUGCACGGUAUCACAGCAGUUAGUGAGUGGGAGGGAGGGUUUGUUUUGAGUUUUCUGUUUUUCUCUUUUUUUUGCAAAUGAAAUGUAUUAAACUCUUAGCAGUUCUUGCUGAGGGGAAAUGUAUUUGUAUCUGCAGUUUUGUAUGUAAGCAAUAAUAUUUACCUUUAAUAUGUACUGUACUUAACUGCAUUAUUCUGUCAUAGUUUAAAGUGGAAGGAAAAUAAAUUUUCAUACAUUCUA